CAGAUACAAGAGGUAGUUGAGAGACAAGCAAGAUGGGAUCAGCUCCAUGCAUGGCGUUUCACGUGUGCUGCCCCGUUCAGAAGCCCUCCAUCCCAGCAAGCAUUCAACAUUUCAACAGCAUAUACUUUCUUCUGGUUUUAAGAGCAACUUUGCUUCCAGUGAAUGAAUUAAGGGAAGCUGUAACUGUCACCAGCAUUGAAGGGGAGAUUCCAGAUGACUUUCCAGAGGGAACGAACCCUCUUUAUGGGGUUAAAGCAACAAGAUCUUUGUUGGGGCGAUCAAGUGAUGCCUGGGUUGAAGGAGAAGGGAUGGUUCAUGCUUUGUAUUUCAAAAAAAUCACCACUGAUAGGAGUUGGACCCUUGCAUACAAUAACAGAUACAUUGAGAGUAAAACAUUCAUGAUAGAGAAACAACUCAACAAGCACUUUUUUCUUCCUGCUGUAGAAGGGGACUCACUCUCUGUUUUGUCUGCUUAUCUUCUUAAUUGGAGUGCUCCAGGCACUGGUGAGGUGGUUAUAAUGGGAUUUCAAGCAACUAAACCUUUUGUUGAAGUGGGAGUAGUUUCUGCUGGUGGAAAGAAAUUACUCCAUAAAGUUGACCUCAAUUACACUGUUUUCUUUGACUGUCCAAUAUCCAGAGACAUAAACCGACUUGUUCAGGGUGGCCCAUUAAUAAAAUUUAAAAAGGAUGAAUCUGCCAGGAUUGGCAUAAUGCCUCGCUAUGGUGAUGUAGACUCUAAUAAGUGGUUUGAUGUGAAGCCAAAUUGUACAUAUCAUAUUAUCAAUUGUUUUGAAGAUGGCAAUGAGAUUGUGGUGUGGGGUUGCAGAGAUCUUGAAUCUAUCAUUCCAGGACCUGAUUUUGGUAAGAAUAAAUUUGAGUGGUUUUGGAGCAAAUUCAGGCCUAUUGGAUCAGUUGGAGAAAGUGGUGAUGCUGUAACAGAAGAUGAAUUGAUAUUUUCUCGUCCGUAUGAGUGGAGACUAGACAUGCAUACAGGAGAUGUUAAGGAAAGAAACUUAACUGGAACAGAAUUUGGAUUAGAUUUCCCUAUAAUCAAUGAAGCCUUUACAGGUCUUAAAAAUAAGUACAGUUGCAUGCAAGUAGUUCAGUCCAUUGCAAGUUCUGCUGCAGGCAUUCCCAAGUAUGGAGGCCAGGCCAAGCUGUACUUUGAAGAGCUAAUUAAAUCCUGAACUUUCUCUGAGAGAGGGACAAGGAGAAGGUUCAAUAAAGGUAGAAUAUCAUAUGUUUGAAGAGAACACCUUCUGCACUGGAGCUGCCUUUGUUCCUUAAGAAGGAGGCACCGAAGACGAUGAUAGCUGGAUUAUAACUUUUGUUCACAAUGAAGAUACUAAUAUCUCUAAAGCUCUUAUAGUUGAUGCAAAGAACUUCAAUGCAGAGCCAGUUGCCCAGAUUACUUUGCCAUACAGAGUUCCAUACGGAUUUCAUGGACCAUUCAUGGCCAUUCAGUUCCAGAUUUAAUUUGGACAGCAUUCCUUUUAGAGCUUGAUUUGUAUUCAUCUUUAUCUGAGUCGUGUUGUGGGAUGUUUUAUGUUUGUCAUUAUGUGUGAUAUUUACGUGUCCUUUAUGAAUUGAACAUCUUUGUUUCUCUCCUUAACAAAUUAUCUUUUCCUGU